AUGCAUAUAGAUUCGCCUGAACAUCGAGGUAGUGCAAUGGCACCGCCUCCCAUCAACUGGGCCACAAGGCCAGUACCGAGCACCUGCAACUCUUGCAAGAACCUGCACUGCCUCGCAGAUGAGCCUGCUGCAAACACAGCUCGACCUUCAGCUGUGAUUGCUGAUGUCAAGUGUGCUGGCAACAGCCAAGAUGACCUUCGAUCUGCUGGUGAUUCGAUUUUUUCAGAACCCAAUUGCAAUCUCACACACCUCCUUCGUCACCUCGGCCAUUCGCGUUUUCGACAACCUCGAACCAGCUCUCGAAAUGACGCUUCCUUUGAUGGGUGCAACCCGUCUUCUGGGGUCCAGAAUCUGGCCUCCGCUUUCGCAGGUCUCUCAACAUUGGCCAACCCCACUUCCAGUGGCUCGCUUACUGCGAGUCUCUCAACAAACUCUCGAAAUGACCCUUCCCUUGAUGGGCGUGACCCAUCUUCUGAGGUCCAGAAUCUGGCCUCUGCUUUCGCAGGUCUCUCAACAUCGACCAACCCCACUCCCAUUGGUUCACUUGCUGCGAGAACCACCCAAGUUCCAGAUCGACGACAACAUCAACCUUCUCCAUUCCGAACAGUGGUCUUGCAGCGAACGAGUCCCCUUGCAUUAAGGACUGUCCCACUCAGUGCUUCCGAGUCCGGGAUGUCUAGUCCCAUAAAGAAGAGAUACUACGGCAUUCUAGUUGGCAAGUGCACCGGAGUAUAUUAUGACGAGUGGGAUAAUGUCCUACCUCUUGUCAAACAUGUUCCAGAUGCUCAUUAUCAGGGAUUUUCGACUCACAAAGUGGCUCAGGAGUAUUAUCUUGGUGCGAAAGCUCUGAACAAGGUUAGGAUUGUUCGGAAUCCCAGUGACGACGAAAUUUAUGGACUGGUAGCUACCACUUACAUCAUGUACUCCUGA